AACGUGGCUGCUCCACCCACUUUUACGUGCACUUUAAAGAAGAACAGUGCCAACGCGUACUCCUCAACUUAGGAUAAAGGGGUGUACUCAAGCAGAAAUCACUGCAGGCUUGGGAGAAUAUGCAGCUGCUCUUUUUAGGGACACUUGCCCUGUUCGUUGGGGUCACAGUUGCUGUGCCUGCACAGGAGAAGCGUGUACAUCAUAAGCCUGACCUCAGCGACCAUGUUCACGAUGAUGCCCAUGGAUACCAGUAUGACCACGAGGCCUUCCUGGGCAAAGAGGAAGCCAAGACCUUUGACCAGCUAAGCCCUGAGGAGAGCAAAGAGAGACUAGGAAAAAUCGUGGAUAGGAUUGACACAGAUAAGGAUGGCUUCAUCAGUCAUGCUGAGCUACACUACUGGAUCAAGCACAGACAGAGGAGGUACAUCGAGGAGAAUGUGAACAAGCACUGGAAAGAGUACGACCAGAACAAAGAUGGCAAGAUUGGCUGGAUCGAGUACAAGAACACCACCUAUGGAUAUUAUAUGGAUACAGAGUUUGAUGAUGUGGAAGAUAAGGCGAGUUACAAAGCCAUGCUCACUAGAGAUGAAAGACGAUUCAAGUCCGCAGACCGAGACGGUGACGGUGUUGCUACCAGAGAAGAGUUCACUGCCUUCCUCCAUCCAGAGGAGUUUGACUACAUGAGAGACAUUGUGAUACAGGAAACAAUUGAAGACAUUGACAAAAAUGGUGAUGGCAAGAUUGAUCUGCAGGAAUACAUUGGGGACAUGUACACCCCUGAAAGUGGAGAGAGUGAACCGGAUUGGGUCACAACAGAAAAGAAACACUUUUCGGAGUUCAGAGACAUGAACAAGGAUGGUUAUCUUGAUGCCAGUGAAGUAUCUCAUUGGAUCCUGCCUACAGAGGUUGACCAUGCUGAUAAUGAGGCCCGGCAUCUCAUUCAUGAAACUGAUAAAGACAAUGAUGACAAAAUCACAAAGAAGGAGAUUCUGGCAAACUGGAACAUGUUUGUCGGGAGCCAAGCGACUAAUUACGGAGAGGAUCUCACCAAAAGACACGAUGAACUUUAAUGCUGGGAUAUCUGGGUGCAGGGGAGGGCAUUAUAUUUGGGGGGUAGGCAAGAAGACUGAAUAUGAAAAUAAAAGCUAGUUAAAAUAAAAUAAAAUUCAAAAUAUGAAAAUAAAAGUUAGGGGUUAGGCUUCAGUGAAGGCUACAGUUGAGGUCAAAAGUUUACACACACCUUGCAGAAUCUGCAAAAUGGUAAUUAUUUUACCAAAAUAAUUUAUUUAGUUCUGACCUGAUUAUGAUAUUUGACAUAAAAGAGAAAAUAAUAGUUGAAUUUAUAAAAAUGAGCCUGUUCAAAUUGAGGGAAAGGGUUCAAAUACACAAAAAUGCUGAAAAACCAGCAAAUCUGUGGGACAUGAAGGAUUUUUCUGAAGAACAGCAGGCAGUUUAACUGUUCAGGACAAACAAGGGACUCAUAAACAACAAUCACUAAACAAUAAAACACAGCUGUGUAUCAUUCAGUUUUAAGAAUCAAGCGUAUGUAAACUUUUAAAUGGGGUCAUUUUUAUAAAUUUAACUAUGAUUUUCUCUUGUGGCCUAUAUGUAUAUGUCUUUUAUGUGAAAUACUUUAUUCAGGUCAGUACGAAAUAACAUGCAUUUUGUAUGAUCCCUCUUAUUUGGG